ACCGAGCGGACAGUUUGCGGCACGCCGACUCCACGGAGUUUAAAUAGGAAAACUUCGCUUCACCUCUUUGCGCUGUUCCUCCCAGACCAGCUCUCACUGCCGCCGAGCCACCGUGUCCACCGGUCCGACCAGUCUGAAAACAUCAGCAGCAGCAUCUGGCCCCACUGCGACCCUCCAUGAGGAGCCGCACCGAAGGAUGGAGAACAGGUCUGAGGGAGAGAGAGCGGCUCCAAGCCGACUGAACCGCUGGGUGGAUCAGUCCUUCGCCGACUUGCCGGGGGAAAGCUUCGCUCCGUCCAGACGGAAAAAGGGCUGCCGGGUUUUGUCGUCCAAGGCUGAGCCCAAGAAUCCCAGGAAGAGGACAGGGGAGUCCCGCAGCUCGGACCCUCCCGCGUCCCACCUUCUGAAAGAGUCAGCCUCUGGGGACCAGGAUGAGCCGUGGGUGGACAGAUACUCGCCGCGUUCACAGGUCGAGCUCGCGGUCCACAAGAAGAAGAUCGAGGAAGUGGAGAACUGGUUGAGAGUGCACCUCAACGCACCCAAGGGUGGCGUCCUGCUGCUGACGGGACCGUCGGGCUGCGGCAAGACUGCCACGGUACGGGUUCUGUCUCUGGAGCUGGGCCUCCGGGUACAGGAGUGGACCAACCCCUCCAAUCCGGAGCCGUACACCAGUAGCCAGCAGGACUGGAGGAUGAACGGCUCGUACUGCAGCUCCCAGCUUGUCCAGUUCCAGGACUUCCUCCUCCGAGCAAACAAGUACAACUGCCUAAAGAUGGUGGGGGACGGAGAGGCCACAGAGAAGAAGCUCAUCCUGGUGGAGGAUUUCCCAAACCUGUUCUACAGGCAGCCCGGCAGCCUGCACGACAUCCUGAGGCGCUUCGUGAAGACCGGCCGGUGUCCUCUGGUGUGCGUCGUGUCGGACAGUCUGAGCGGAGACAGCAGCUCGCGCUUCCUGUUUCCCCGAGAGAUCCAGGAGGAGCUGAACAUUAGCAGCAUCAGUUUUAACCCCGUGGCUCCAACCACAAUGAUGAAGGUCCUGACUCGAAUUUCAGCGGCAGAGGCAGGAAAGAGUUGUGGACGGAUGUGCGUCAGCGACCAGGCCGUGUUGGAGACGCUCUGUUCAGGAAGCUCGGGAGAUAUCCGCAGUGCCGUCAACAGCCUCCAGUUCUCCUCCCUCCCAGACACGUCGUUGGAAGCGGGGAUGUGGAGGUUGAAGAAGGACAGACAUGGGACUUCGCUGGGCAAAGCCGUUUCCAGAACAAACCAGAGAAGGAAGAAGUCCAAACUGACAAAGGAGCACAAGGAGGAGCAGUCUAUUGGAGGGAAAGAUGCUUCCCUGUUCCUGUUCAGAGCCCUGGGGAAGAUCCUGCACUGCAAACGAGGGAAACCCGAAGAUGGUGAAGCAGCUGAAUGUGCCCCUGAACCUCCUCUACCAGCUCACCUGGCUCAUCAUCACAGAGAAGCAUUACUUGUGGAACCCGAGUCGGUUGUUGAGCGUUCGCACAUGUCGGGAGAGUUCUUCAGCCUGUACCUCCAUCAGAACUACCUGGACUUCUUCUCCGAGGUGGAGGACGUGGAUCGUGCCAGCGAGUAUCUGUCCGACGCCGACCUGCUCACUUCGGAUUGGGCGAGUCGCAGCACCAUGGGGCAGUACGGCUCUUCGGUGGCUACCAGGGGCAUCCUUCACUCCAACUCCCAGCAGGUCUCUGUGGGCUUCAGGCCGCUUCACAAACCCAACUGGCUGCUGGUCAACAAGAAGCACCGUGAGAACUGCCUGGCGGCCCAGUCCCUGUUCAGGAGCUUCUGUCUGACACCGGUCAGCCUGCAGACGGAGCUGCUGCCAUACCUGGCCAAACUGACCAACCCCAUGAGGAACCAAGAUAGCGUUCAUCCAGGACGUGGGUCAGAUGUCGCUGAGGAGGUUCCCCGGCAGGUUAAAGCUGGAAGCUCUGACGGACAAAGAGCCGGCGCUGCUGGACAAGGACAGCGAGGACGAAGCGGACAGUCAGGGUGGGGUCGAGGAGGGUCUGUCGGCCAGUCAACCUCAACCGACCACAACCCAGGUCCUCUUGGAGGAGGAGGAAGUGAUCAUAGAGGACUACAACAGUGACUGACGCCGCCACCACCACAGCCCUAUGUGACACUGUCCCACUUUGCCAUCGCAACUCUAGUUCUGUGAUUUGGACUUCUGGCUCGGGACGGAGCGUGAUUAGUGCCACGUGAGAGAGAAUUUGAACCUGAAUUAAAUGUGAUCCCCCUGGCUCCCACAGGUCCCUAAUCAUAAGGAGGCACGGGCAUUCAUUGAAACAAGAAAUACUUCAACCCCGAAAUGUCCAUUUGUACGUUUAUACAAAGUACCUUCUACCUAAAACAACAACCUGGAAUUUCAACCAAUCCAGGUUGUUGUUGUAAUAUGAUUCUGCACCCCCCCCCCACCACCAUCCUCCCCCCAUUUGCUCCUGUUGAGCAAGAUGUUUUUUCACCAUUCUAUUUUUUUAUUCUCCUUUUAUCGUGGACUUGGGAGACAAACAACGUUUUCUUGCAGAAGUCAAGGUAACACUGGGGGAGGGAUUGAGAUGCAAACGAUCUUUGUGUAGCUCAAGUUCUUCCACAGCUCCGAUGGAAUGUUGUCAGUAUUUAUUUGUUGUGACUUGGUUUUCUCUGUACCUCACAGAUUCAUGUUUUUGGUCGAGUGACGUAUGUUUUUUUUCUUCUAUUUUCCAUGGAUGGAUGGAUGGUCAAAGAUUGACAACAUAUGCUCAUUGAGAGAUACGUUUUUAUCUGAAUAAGCAAAUGAAUAAAACGCAAUGUGUGAAAUGUGUAAAUCAUUAUCUUAUUGCAACACUUCCCUUUCACACACGCCUUCAUCCAAUAUUUGCUCACCUGAGGCCUCUUAAAUAUUCCCCUCUGGUGAUCGACUUCAACUCGAGAAAUGACUCCACCUCCUUAAAUACUAGGUUUGGAUGGGGCUCAGCUUUACGCUGCUUUUUAUUAUUUCGCUGAGGUGUUGCCUGGAGAGGAAACUGGCAUCGCGCUUUGUGGAACGGGAAUGGAUUUUCUUUUUUCACAGUGAUGACCGGAAGUCGCCUGGCUGCUUCCAGCUUGUCGUGGUGGGGAGUAUAAUCAUACCUGCUAGGACGUUUCAGCAGAGGAAGUAAUCUACAGCAAUAAAUCGCCUCUGGUAUAAGAUAUGAGAUAUGACCUAACCCCUACGAUGUCCAGGACCAUGGAGACACCGUUGAUAAAUUAAACAACUAGAAAGGAUCUUCCGGGGCCAGAAAAUUAAAUACUGGAGGUAGGUUUUGGCUUAACAUUGUAAAUUUGAGCAAAUGAAUCUAUGCUUUGGCUGGUGUGGUAGCUCCAUGCUGUAAG